AUGGUACCCUCUCUUGUCAGAAUUGAUGCAAAUGAGCCUCUUGAUGACAUUUUGAAAGUCAUUGAGCGCGAUGGCGGUGCAAUUGUCACCAACUUCUUGUCUCCAGAGCUGCUGGAAGAGUUAAUGCGUGCCAUCGAGCCCUCUUUUGUUGGCCGCAAGAUGUAUGACUCGAAGGCCUCUCAUGGCGAGCUCGGUCCUGAAUUCUUCCCAGAGGGAUCACAGCGUGUCUAUGGACUACUAGGAAAAAUCCCGGAUCAGCUCACCAAGAUUGUGCGUCUUCCAGUCUGGAAAGGCAUCAUGGCGCAUUUCUUGAACGACGAGUUUGCUUCGUAUACAGGUCAAACUCUGGUACCUCAAAAGAGCGGAUAUAUGCUGGCGUCAACUGCAGCCUUAAGGCUGACACCAGGUUGUAAGCCUCAACCGUUGCAUCGUGAUCAAAUCGCGUAUCAGACCAGACCCGAUCCUAACAAUCCUCUCUUCACACCAAUGAUGGGUUGUUUGAUCGCGGGAUCGAGAUGUACCUACAAGAAUGGCGCGACAGCUGUCAUCCCAGGAAGCCAUCUCUGGGGAACAGACCGUGCUCCUAGAACAGAUGAAGUAACUUAUGCAGAGAUGGAGGCUGGUUCAGCUCUGUUUACUCUCGGCUCGACAUACCACGGUGCUGGAGAGAACAAAUGCGAGAAAGGCGACCCUGAUGCAUUGCGAACCCUGUUUGCAAUCUUUGGCCAGCGAGACUAUUUCCGUCAAGACCAGGAGGAAGCCUUCUCAACUCCUCUUGAGAUUGCCCGCAGAUUGCCAGAAGAUGUGCUUCGAUUGGCGGGUUACUACAAGUCUGUUGGAGGUGUUGGGUUUGUUGAGGAUCACCAGCACCCUGUCGAGUUCUUGCAAAGCAAUAACAGCGGGCUUGGAAAGAUGGGUCCUUCUGCUACUCAGUUGGCGGUCUAG